ACUGGCUCUGCUGUCUUCCAGCACAGCCAGGAAGAGGGCGCGUCGGCGUGGAAGCUGGCUCAGAGGCACGGGAGAGAAGAAAUGGCGGAGAUUGAAAAGGAAGACAUUGAUUCAGAAAAUGCUGGAGCUGAUGAAUAUAGAGCUUGCUUUGAAGAUGAUUUUGAAGAUUACGAAGAUGACUUUGAGGUUUGUGAUGGAGAUGAUGAUAGCUUUAACGAGCUGGAACCAAAAGAGAAAAUUGAAGAGCUUCCUCUGGCCAGAAAAAAGGAGAUACAGGAAAUUCAGAAAGCCAUUAAUGCAGAAAACGAAAGGAUCGGCGAGCUGUCCUGCAGACUGUCUCAGAAGCCAGAUGAAAACAGUUCCCCUGCCAGAGCCCCUGUUUGUGGAAUUUUUGUUGAUUUUGCAACAGCCUCACGCCGUCAGAAGAGUCGGACUCAGGCCCUUAAGCAAAAGACACGCAGUACAAAGCUGCUUCGGCUCAUUGACUUAGAUUUUUCAUUCACUUUCUCUCUCUUGGAUCUACCGCCAGUAAAUGAAUAUGACAUGUAUAUCAGAAACUUUGGGAAAAAAAACACGAAGCAGGCAUAUGUUCAGUACAAUGAAGAUAAUGUUGACAGAGACAUCCAGACUGAAGAGAUAGAGACCAGAGGGGUGUGGACCCAGCACCCCGGAGAGGGCACGGCCGUGUCAGGGGGGAGCAGGAGUGGAGAUCCCUGUGAUGUGGCUGCUGCACCGAAGGUCGACACGCCCAGGCUGUCCAGCUUCCUCCGGGCGGCGUGCCAGGUGAUUGCGGUUUUGCUUGAAGAGGAUCGUGUGGGAGCCGAACCCGGCUGGUGCCCCGGGGCACAGGACAGCACCCUGCAUAUCAGUGAAAACUCCUCUCAGCUGAAUACCAGCCUGCCCUUCCUUCAGAAUCGAGAAGUGUCGUGCUUAUGUGCCUCUCAGGUGUGGAGACAGACGGUAGUGUCUGUGCAUGGGCCGCCCGGAGCCGCGUUCGCCCCCGCACUGGACAGCAGAUACGUGCUGUGCGUGUGGGAUAUCUGGCAGCCUUCGGGGCCUCAGAAGGUCCUGAUAUGUGAGUCGAAGGUCACAUGUUGCUGCUUUAGCCCUUUUAAAGCCUUUUUACUGUUUGCUGGGACAGUGCACGGCUCAGUCGUUGUGUGGGACCUACGAGAAGACCCUAGGAUACAUCAUUAUGUGAAGCUGGGCAAUUGCUUCUGGACCUUCAGGACAGCAACGUUUUCUACUGAUGGUAUCCUGACUUCCGUAAACCACCGCAGUCCUGUUCAAGCGGUAGAACCCAUCUCCACGUCUGUCUACAAAAAACAGAGUUUUGUGCUUUCCCCCUUUUCUACUCAAGAAGAAAUGUCAGGUUUGUCAUUCCACAUUGCUUCCCUGGAUGAAAGUGGGGUUCUCAAUGUGUGGGUGGUUGUUGAAUUACCAAAGGCAGAUAUUGCAGGCUCAGUAAGUGACUUAGGUCUGAUACCUGGAGGGAGGAUAAAGCUGGUGCACAGUGCUGUGAUUCGGCUGAGCGACAGCCUUUCCCAUAAAGGCUGUGAAUUCUGGGGGGCCACACGAACCCUGAAUGUGAAGUUUCUGCCUUCAGACCCUAGGCAUUUCAUUGUGGGCACAGAUGUGGGUCUUAUAAGUCAUGGCACCAGACAAGAUUUGAGAGUAUCUCCUAAAUUGUACAAGCCCCAGCAACCUGGUAUGAGACCAGUCACAGUGAAUGUGAUUGAUUUUUCACCGUUUGGAGAACCAGUAUUCUUGGCCGGCUGUUCAGAUGGAAGCAUCAGGUUACACCAACUGAUGUCCGAGUGCCCUCUCCUUCAGUGGGACGGCAGCACCAACAGCCACGCGGUCAUAGGCCUCCGCUGGUCCUUGACCAGACCUGCCGUGUUUCUGGCCCAGGAUGACACGUCCUGUAUUUAUAUCUGGGAUCUGCUGGAAAGUGAUCUGGGUCCUGUAGCCAAACAGCUCAUCUCCCCAGACAGGCUGGUGGCCAUGACCGUCGUGGGUGAAGCAGAGAAGGCCAGUGGCGGCUUCCUGGCCCUGGUGCUGGCCAGAGCCUCUGGCAGCGUGGACGUCCAGUACCUGAAGAGGGCGUGGGCAGCCCCCGCGGGAGACGAGCUGAGGAAGCUGCGGCUACUCUUGCAGGAAGCCCUGUAGAAGGGGGCUGCAAGAUAGCGGGGUGUGGUCUUGGGGACGGGGGCAGGGCGGAGUGAUGACCCACACGGGAAAGACAGUUGUGUCCGUGUGCAUGUACAUUGAUAGAGGACAGGUAUUCUGUAUGUAACUUACUUUACAAGAAUGUCACCUCAGUGUUCCCAGUGAAUAAAUCACUGUUUUUUGAAUGGAAACAAUAAACAUUUUAGUGUAUGCUGAGCUUGAGAGGAAAUAGUCAUGUCGAUUAUGUUCUUCUCUGAGAAUAUUUCUACUUAUUUUUAGAAUAGCUUUAAAAUAUUAGCACAUCUAUAUUUUAAGCAAUCUACCAUGAAAAUGUACUUUAAUGAACAAUUUUCUUAGUCCUGCCGAAAAGGACAUACUCAGGUAUAAAUUAAAUGGAGUUAUGUCAUUAAA